GUAAACAUACGAGUACGCCAAUACACAGAACUCCACCAUGUCUUGCUGUGUAGACGUGUAGUGUAUUUAUUUUUACGUGUGUUUUCGAUAUAUUUAGUGUUUUUAGUGUCUUAUGUGUUUAAACUAUAAAGUUGAAUUAAGAUUAACUUGUUUAUGUAUUUUUUUUUGUGUUACUUGGAUGAAAAAUCAAGAUAAAAUGGCGGAACCAACACGCAUCAGUUCUAUAACCAUCCUACUACUCAUCACAAUACAUAUCACCUCAUCAGCAAACCCCAGACCAGUCUUCGAGAGUGUCAACGAACAAGCGAGGAUAGAUGACACCAUAAGAUUAUCAAGUAGCCCAGGGUUACUCCCCUAUGGUAACCCUCUAGCGGGCAAUUCAAAACAAAACACAAGGAUACACAUAAACAACCAACAAGCAAUGUUCAAUGCUGAAAGAGUAAGACAACACAAGGCACAGAUCCAAAGAUGGUCGAAGGAACCCCGAAUUAUAGACAGCUAUAUGAAAGCGUACCAUGAUUCACAAGAAAAUCAUCAAUUAGCUAUAGAACGGCAACAAUCGUCUUUGAACGAUAACCCUGUUACCAACCCAACUCCAAUAAGGGCACAAACCCGACCAAUAAGACAAAGGAUAGUACAAAAUAAAAGGGUAAUACCAAAUCCAGAAACCCCAUCAAGAUCAACACAAAACGAACCUUUACCACCCAUAACUAGAGUCCAAAAACAAAGGCAAGAACUUCCCAAACGAGGGGAGACGAGAUUCUUACAAGGACUACAACCAACCAAAAUCACCAAAGCUGAUGCAGUCAUUAAAGAUGUUAGAAACAGAAACCAUAGAUCCUACGGUUCGGGUGAUUACCACCAGAAUUUGGAACCUAAAAAGUAUAAAACCAUCUACGUAUCACCAAAUCCUAGUUACGAGCAGGGGGUUGCAAUAAACCCUAAUGGCAAUGCAGGCUUGACCCAAGUCCAAGCAAAUGAACCUACUAAUCUACAUACUGCAGCCAUUCCUAGUGAUACAAAAUAUUCUUACCCAAAUAAUGUCAACACUUUACAAUCAGUUCAAGAUAUACAAGCUCUCAAUUCGUUAUUAAAAAAGAAUCCUACUGAACAACUAACUGAGUUUAAUGCUCUAUUAAAUAAUGAUAAAACUCCGGAAGACAUAACCAAAGGAGUCCCUGUAGACUUUUACUUCUACGUCAAAGAUCCGACACAGCAAACUUUAACACAAAAUUAUGAUAAUAAUUUUAAAUAUACACAAUUGCCACAGACAUAUGCAAGUGCUUAUGGACCGGAAUCUAAUGUCAAAGAUCAUACACCAAUCACAGAAGAAGUAGAUGAUAUUGAGGAUCCAAACAAAAAAAUGAAACCUUUUGACCUCCACCCUGUACCACCAACUGUAUUACCAGAUCAAACCACAACAACGAAAAGUAAUAACUACUAUAAAGUUGAAGUAGCAAGCCAAACAAUAAGUGCAGGCCCGAAGCAUAUCAAAGAAGAGUACUUUGUCAAGCAAGAAAAUGAUCCUCAUUACGAAUCAUUAACAUAUGGAUACCAACCUAUUUACAAAGAAACAGAUGACAGCAAAAGUGAAAUGUAUUUACAUCAUAACGCAGAACCGACUGGCGUACAGCAUUUAUUAGAAGAUGGUACUGAAACAUCAGCGUUUGGGGAUGAAAAUCUCCAAUACGCAGCCAACUAUGAGUUCGGCUACAGAGUCCGAGAUCAAGACAGUGGCAACUACUUCGGCCAUCGAGAAGCUAAACAGGGGAAAUCUACCAAAGGGGCCUACCACGUCCUUCUGCCGGAUGGUAGGAUGCAGCUGGUGAAAUAUUCUGCAGGACCUUCGGGUUUCCACGCCGAUAUUUCUUACGAUCAUUUGCAAUAAAAGUCAUUUUUCUACCAUAGGAACUUACCACUUUUAGUAGAUGGUAGCUGGUCAAAUACUCUGUAAGAUAUUUUUAACCCCCGACCCAAAAAGAGGGGUGUAAUAAGUU